UAUAAAUUUAUAUAAUGCAAAUUCUGCCACAUUCUGAAGAAGGAAAGCUAUGCUUGUCAGAAAUCUCAUCCAGUUUACAUUUUGAAAACAACACAGGGACUUAUGAAAGACAGUUGUUGGUGUAACUUUCCUGUUAGACGUUUCUUAUUGCUAUUAUAGUAGAACACAUUUGUAAUUUGUGAUAUUGGGCUAUACAAAUAAAACUGACUUGAGUUACAUUAGUUUAAAUUACGUUACAUUAUGAUUCACUUUAAUGACCCUCAUUGGAAAUGAAACACAUGUUGUAUGUAAUAGAAGAGUUAUUUAUUUGAGAGUGGGUGCUAGAAGCACCAUGCUACACUGAGUGGAGUGUUUGUCCCUUUAAUAAAACGAGUAUUCCAUCAGGAUUAGAUUUAGGGAAUCAGAGCAGAAUAUUCUUCACCUGAUAUCAACCAUGGACAAGUUGUACAAUGUAGCCUAUUGAAAAAUUCCCAAAUACUUUUUACAAACUGUAGAAAUUCAUCUUAAAAGAAUAAUGCACAAGUAUCUAGAAGUUCAUAACAGUCCUUAAAACAAAUAUCAUAUGAUCCACAAAUGAGAGAGUGCUCUUAUGUAAUCAUGAAUGGCAACAAGAAAACAUUUAGGGCUAUAUUUGCAUAUAUCUUUAUAUUCAUUUGCAUGUUGUGCCUUUUUGUUGGUUGCCCUCAACUGAGUAAGUUAAUUUAUAUCCCCAAAAUCUUCCAAACUCAGGCCAAACUGUAAUAAAUGCUCUGGCUCCAUUAUGUCCCUAUGAUUGGUAAGUCUGCAGAUCAAGAACAGUUUAAUUCAAUAACAUCCUGCAUUGCAUUAUGUAAGUAAUCACCUCAGGGAAACCAAACAAGAGCAAAGUCAUUCAGAGGGUUCUUAUUUCAUUCACUUUUCACCUUCUAAGACACAGUUGCAAUUUGAGUGAACUUGAAUUUUUAUGAGAUGGAUUUUGCGCACGUAUAUGUAUUUUUGAUACAAUUUGCUUUUGGCUAUUGUUAACCAAGAAAAAGGAAGUGCCUUUGAAAUUCUGUCUAAAAAUUAUUUCAUCUUAAUCAUGUUCAUAAUUACGGCAAACGUGUAUUCGUAAUAAUACACACGCAAAUAAACUAAAACGGCACUGCAAAUAUAUGAAUACCACAAAUAUAUAUAAAAGAGAAAUCUGAAAAUGUUUUGGAGUAGUAUUCAUGCAUGCAUGUAUUUGUCAACAAGCUAUUUCAUUUUGUGACUUCUCAUUAGGCACCAUGUUGUUUAGCAAACCUGAGCAGAAAGGACAUUUGAGUGAUGUUUUAAGUAUGUUUUCGUGUCUCUGUUGCUGUUUGGGGGAAACGUGUCUGUAAGACACCCUAUGUUAUGUUGUUAAGCAACCCUGAACAGAGAGGACUUUACAGUAAUGCGUGAAGGAUGUUUUCAUGUGUGGACUGACAUCUGAGCAAGUUUCUCUGUUAGAAAUCAGUUAUUUUCUGCAUUUUGCUGCGGCAGCCCAGUGGCUGCUGGGCUAGGCUCCAGCAUCCCCGCUACCCUGAGGGCAGGAUAAGCGGUUUGGCUAAUGAAUGGAUGAAUGAAUGAAUGGAUGAAUUCAGGACCCAACGCCGUAUCAGAACAUCACCACUUAACAGGCUAUCCGCUCUGCUAUCGAUUGCUUUUCCUCUGCUGUGUGGCAGACCGUUGUAGUCGAUUCGCAACUUGUGCGAUCGUAUCCGAUUUCGGAAUUUCCUGGUAGGGAAGGAAGGGUCUGUGCGGAGAAGGGGGGGGAAAUUAUUGUCCGAUUUUCCCUAAAAAAUUUGAUUUAUUCGGAUGCGAUCCGCGUCCCCGCUCUGACCGUUUCCCACGCGGCUGACGGACCAACCGCAGCCCCCCUUUCUCGUUCCGUUUUCAGAGGCUCCGUGUAGGGCCACCGCUAAGGUUAGCUAGGCUCGGAUCUCAGCUAACUCACCGCAGAAAUGUCCGCCUCGGUCGGCUGCGGCUCGCCGUCGGCCCAGGACACGGCUCUCGUCAGCCCGGGGCCCGGCAUGUCCAUGUUCCGCUGGCUGGAGGUGCUGGAGAAAGAGUUCGACAAGGCGUUCGUGGACGUGGAUCUGCUGCUGGGCGAGAUCGACCCCGACCAAGCCGACAUCACCUACGAGGGUCGGCAGAAGAUGACGAGCCUGAGUUCCUGUUUCGCUCAACUCUGCCACAAAGCCCAGACAGUUUUCCAGCUCAACCACAAACUGGAGGCCCAGUUGGUGGACCUCCGUUCGGAGCUGACAGACGUGCAGGCAGAGCGGGCCGUGGUGGAGAGGGAAGUCCACGACCAGCUGCUGCAGCUUCACGCCCUCCAGCUGCAACUGCAUGCCAAGCAGGGCCAGGCCGAAGACUCGGACUCCAUCAAAGACAGACUGCCUGUAUCGACAGUGGAUGAGAUGGAGCGGGAGUUGGAGGCCAGUAAGAAGGAAAAGAUCAAGGAGGUGAAGCUGGAAGCGGAGGUGCGUUUGCACAAGAAGGAGAACGAGGCCCUCCGUAGGCACAUUGCAGUACUGCAGGCGGAGGUGUACGGGGCCAGGCUGGCUGCUAAAUACCUGGAUAAGGAGCUGGCUGGCAGAGUGCAGCAGAUUCAGCUCUUGGGCCGGGACAUGAAAGGGCCUGCCCAUGACAAGCUGUGGAACCAGCUAGAGGCAGAGAUUCACCUUCACCGCCACAAGACAGUCAUCCGGGCUUGCAGGGGCCGUAAUGAUCCAAAGAAACCUCUACCUUCUCCUGUGGGGCAUGAUCCGGACAUGUUGAAGAAGACUCAGGGAGUGGGUCCUAUCAGAAAGGUGGUGUUGUCCAAAGAAGACCACGAAGGCCUGGGAAUCUCUAUCACGGGCGGUAAGGAACACGGUGUGCCCAUCCUGAUCUCAGAGAUCCAUCCCAGCCAGCCCGCCGAGCGCUGUGGAGGACUCCAUGUGGGAGAUGCCAUCCUGGCUGUCAACAGCAUCAACCUGCGUGACGCCAAACACAAGGAGGCCGUCACCAUACUGUCACAGCAGAGAGGGGAGAUAGAGUUUGAGGUGGUGUAUGUGGCCCCGGAGGUCGACAGUGACGAUGAGAACGUGGAAUAUGAGGAUGAGAGUGGUCACCGCUACCGUCUCUAUCUGGACGAGCUGGAGGAGGGCAGCGCAGCGGCACACAGCAACUCCAACAGCCACGCUAACUCUGCUUCACUACAGACCCUUGAGAAGAUGUCAAUAAGUGAUGGACCAGAAAAUGGGGAUACAGGGAUCUCCAGUGAAACCCCCUCAGAGGAGACCCCAUCCAAGGCUGCUGAGUCCACAGACAGCUCCUCCUAGAGGGCUUGAGUAGAGAUCCAGUCCUAGAAGACGGAAGGGUUACAAGCGUGAGAGAAAAAAACACCCUCUUGAAAAUUGAUCUCGUUUGCUUGGAAAAUGGAAGAGGGCCUCCUGUUGUCCAUUUUUUCCUCCUUGGGUCUGGGGUUUGGUCAUCAAUAGGGGCUGUGGGGUUUGCUGCAUUACCCUUGGGAAUAGUUAAUGGUUUGGGAGGAAGCAAUGCUAUAAAACAGGGAGAGGUUUUGAGCUGCAAGCUGAAAGACCAAACUACACGUGUUCAUUUUAAAAAACAAAGUAUCUUACAUAUAAAAUUAUUACUGAGAGACUGAUGUAAAUCCACAGGAUGGCUGUAUGAAUGAUGUCACAAAAUGAUUGAGCCCAAAGCAUCUGACUGGUUUAAAAUGAUGUUGAGGCAAAAGCAUUUGAACGGACAGUUGAAGCUGUGGCUAAGUGUAGUUUUUCCUCUAUAUGUAUAGUUACUGAUCUGGUCAUUUCUUCGCUUCACUGAAAACUACCCCUUCCUACAGGGCAUGGACUGCCUGCAAAUUCUUUUAGGGUCUUUCGGUGAUAUCUGUCAGUAAUUGAGUGGGGUUUUUUUUCUCCCUGAGGUGAGAGGAUGCGAUCCUCAACUCAGUCCGCGUUAAUGCGAGAGGACGACUCGGUGCCAAUUUUGUGCUUUUAGAAAAGAUUUUUGACCUUGGUGGAACGUUUGGAUAUGCAGACGCUGCCCUUCUUUCUUCAAGCAAAUUAUUUGUGGUUUUAUCUUAAGCCAAAACAGUCGAAAAAAAUACACAUUAAAAGCAUUUUAAAAGUCAAAAAAAGGAAAACAUAAUACGUAAGCAAUUGAAAGCGACACACACAUCAAGACUAGUAACGUAGGAACCUUCAGUCAGCCAUCAGUAACUGAACUUAGAAGUCUCUCAUCACAUGGCCAUCAAGAGUCUGUUAAUUUAUUAAUUAAUUUAUUAAUUUUGCUGUCAAGUAUUUAACAUCUAGCUUGGCUACUGGCAUAUCUAGUAAGUUUGGGGGGAAAAAAACUUUCUUAAAAAAAAAAAAAAAACAAACCCGGAAAGUUCAAAUUCAUCUUUGCACCUAACCUGUAUUGAACAAAUAGUGAUGGUCAUUGUCAUACUUUCCAGACUUCUGACACACAUAUGAAACUAAAGUAAGGUAGAUGAAGAAAUUUUACUGAAGUUUGUGCUAUCCUAGAGAUUAUCUUUACCUUUUCUUUUCUUUUUCUUUCAAUUUUCCACAAAGGACGCUAAGAAUAUCUCCACGACAAGAGUAGAAACGCGCUACCUAGCUUAAGCAUGGCUUCAGACAGGAGGCCAGCCAUGUUGUUACUGUAGUUUAAACCAGCCUGACACGUCGCGUGGUACUCUCUCCGACGUUACCUGCGUUGUUCAGUCGAGCCUCCUUUAGGUAUUUCAUCUUGCGCGAGGCAGACUGUCUACAGACUGCUUAGAACGAGCGCGACAGUCUCAUUCGUGUUGUUCUUCCUCCAUCUUUAUCCUCCUCCACGUUGUCAGCGAGAGACUUUAAUACGAGAGUCUAAUGAAGAGACUCCACUCUGCAGUGCAGUUUGCCAUUUGAGCAUGGAGCCAUGAGCAAACCUUCCUUUAUUUAACAAUUGCAAGUACAGAAAAGAACAGGAUUCCUUGCUAUAUUUGAUCCCAUACCGUCAUUUUGGUGGUUGAAUGAUGUUUGCACACCUUGCAUACUUUUUUUUUUUUAAAUGUUAGACAUAUCCCAGUUUCAGCUGUAUUUCGGACUCCUCCCUGGUGCCAUGCCAUGUUAAAGGCCGCGGCGGACUUCGUUAUUUAAAAAACAACCCUCCCUGAUAUUUAAUGCCGAGCAGUUCACUUAGUUGUUGCCUGUGUUUCGACCAUUGUCUUCUACUGGUGAUGAAUUGAUACUGUAGUCCGUCUAAUAUUCUGAAUGCAAUCAGUUUGUCAUUUAUUAAGUGUGCCAUGGAAUUGACAGUGUUGUUGAAUAGCCUAAUGAUAAUGAUCGAUUGAUUCAUGGUGCAAUGUGAACCCACUUUGUCUUGAAGCCCCUACACGACAUCCUAUUACGUAUUAUGUAUGAUGCGACGCAGUGGCCGCAGGUGAACCGUUCAAGUAGAUGGGGAACACAUUUUAAGAGUCCGGCACAAACAGAGCGCCAUGUCACAGACACUGUAUUAAGUAAAUGCUCAGCUGACGAAUUUAAAAGUGGUGCAAUAUCUGUGUUUACUUCUGACACCUUUUGCAAAAUAACAUAUCUUGACUUUUUUUUUGUUUUGUAUGAUUAAUUUAGCUAAAAGUUAACAUUAAUUUCACUUUCCCCCUCGCUCUACAACUUGUAUGCUGUGAAGUUGCCAGUCAUUUGGCAAUCAUUAGUUUGUUUGUCCAUUCUUUCAUAUUUGACUAGAGGAAAGUGAGAAGUGCCACCAGAAGUGGAGAGGGGAAGUAUUUGCGCUCCUUUCCUUUUCUGUUACUCAUCGAUGUUGACAGACACGGUCAAAAUAAUGCAGUAUAAACAGCAACUGGCAUGUAACGCAGGCUUAGCGCACGGGUACGACCGGAGGAACGAUCUUCCAAACUGUGUUGGCAGCAGGACCAUUCGUGCCACACCGGUUUACAACGGGAAGUACAAUGUACUCCUGAGGGUGCUCCGAGGAAGCCCGGCCAGGUUUUUGCCGCUGCCAAACCAAACGACUUACAAAGCAAACAAAGCAAACAUUUAAAGGUAGACUUGAUGUUGGCUUAUUUUUUGUUUUCUCCUCUCCAAAUGUCUGCUUUUUAUUUGGGACGUCAUAUGAGCGGUAGUUUUCCUUAUGGCAUUUUCAAACAUGCAUUUUAUUCCGUUUCAUCCGUAAACUUUCAUUUUCCAGAAACGUCAAAAAGAACAUCUUCGAACACGGUCGAACCUUAAGAAUAAGAAAGUGUCAUGCACGGAAGAUAAGUGGUAAUUACGUUUAUGCGACUCCAAGCGCUGUGCGAUUGAUUGAUUGAUUGAUUGAUUGAUUGAUUGAGAACGAGGCAUCGACUUUGAAGUGAUAGUUACUGAAUUGACAUGGAUUGCAGCCGAGUUACGUGCAAGCUAAUGCUCAGAUGACUGUAGGCGGGCAGGGUGGUCUCUGCGUCAGACUGUAUGACGGUGGCCCCUCGGGCUGACUCGAGGGUGAGGUUGGUCUCUGUGUGACCCACAAACAAACCCACGAGGAUACGCCCGAUGAUGACUUGUCCUCACAACCCCCCCCCCCACCACCUUAAGUCGUGUCCCUUCUCAUCCGGCGGUAGAGAAUGUUGGCAAGGUGUCAAAAAGAGAGCACAGGUUAUAGAAACGGACGUAUAGCCUCAGCCUUCAUCCUGAACACUAACAGACACCCGUGCUGCACGCGGCCAUGCUGUACAAUAGAGUAUACAUACUAAAUCCUGGUAUACGUACCAUUGUCCCCCACCUUUCCCCCCCUACAAGUGCUUGCUACCAGAGUUCAUGUGCAAAUGGACAAGGACUAGCCUGUUUGUUACCGUAUUCAUGACCUAUUACCUUAACGUAUUCAUGUGUUUGAUUUCUCCCCUGCAUUUUUUUUUUCUAUUUCUGGUGGGGUUUUUUUCAAAAAAAGUUUUAUUUAUCAACUCUUCCGAAAUUUGGUAUGCAUAUUGUACAACCCUGUAGUGACUGUAUACAAGUUUUAGGAGUUGUUCCACCUUUGAAUAAAGUCGAUUUCUGA